AGAGAAGAGGUGGUUUUUGGAGUGAUGAAUUUUGACAAAAUUUGGCACCUCGAUUACACAGAUCUUGUACUAAAUUUCACAACAAACCCUUUCUAAUACCUCUCCGUAAUCCUCGUAGCUACCUCCUUCUGCAUUCUCCUUCAUUUUGACAAUGGGGGAGAUCGAUACAAAUCCAAUUGAAUCAGUUCAAAGUGCAAUCACUUUUUUCGGACAGAGCAAUGAGCAAAGGAAAAACAGUCCAACAAAUGACAAAGAAGUGGAGAGGGAGAGAGAGAUAGAGAGGCUAGAGAGAGAGUUGGCGGCUGUGAAAGUUCAGGUGGAGGCGAAGGAUGCGGCGCACAAGCAAGCACUUGUUAAGCUCGACCAUUACCAGAAAACUGCAGACGAGCUGUCGACGCUGCUCAAGAACUCCGAUGCAAAGAAGAAUUUCUACAUAAAGCAAUCGGAGGAAGCCAUCUCUCGCGUAGUCGAGCUCGAAUCAGUCCUGACCGCGAAAGAGGCUGAGAAACUGGAGUUGGAAGAGCAGAUUGAGGAAAAAUCUGCUUAUAUCGAAUCGCUGCAGCUGGCAAUGGAGAAAGCCAAGGAGGCGCUGAUGUCGUGUGAGAUUGAGCUGAAUAUGCUCAAGGAUGAGGCAGCAUACACGAAUGAUGUGGAGGCGGAGGUCGAGAGUGUGAAGAGGGAGUUGGAGAAAUGUCGAGAGCAAGAGAAUGAGGCGCAAGUUGAGAUAGCGUUGCUGAAAUUCCAAGUCCACAAGGGGAGGUCGAAGCUGGCUGCCGCCGAGGCUGCCGAGGCGCGAGCGCAGAGCGAGAAGACAGCGCUGUACAACGCGCUGCAGCAGAUGGGAUUAGAAGCCGAGGAAACCGAGAGAGAGAAGAGGAUGCUCAAGGAAGCAGCUGCCAAAUUGGCUCAUCCUCAUCCUCAUCCUCCUCAAGAGGAGUUGAUGAUGAUCACGACGACGACGACGAGUAACAAAGAGUUGGAGGAUGCCAAGAGAGAGUUGGAGGUUGCAGUGUGCAAGAUAGGAGAGCUGAGGACGCGAGCGGAGCAAGCCACCAGCAGAGCGCAGGCUGCCGAGAAGGCCAAAGCGGCGUUGGAGGAGCAGAACAAGAAGAGGAGGGAGUACAAGGAGAGGCGCAAGGCCGCCUUAGCCGCGCUGCGCCUUGAAUCAAUGGCCAGAGAGUUUGUCACCAAGAGCAUCAAAGAAGAAGAUGAAGAUGAUGAUGAUCAUACCAAUAAUAAUGACGAUGAUUCUUCCAAGAUCUAUCAGCCUCUUGGGAAGGUUCUCAACAUGAAAUUCUAACUUGUUCAAUUUUGUUGUGAUGAGCAUCAACAAUUAAUUAAUAAACAGUUACGGUUUAUUUUGUUA